UUCUUUUAUUGCGUCUCUCCUCCUUCCCUUCAAAUUCUCUUCAUUUCCCUCACUUUCUCACUUCACAAUUCACAUACAUCCCCGAUUAUCGUCUCUUCCUCUCUCGCCGAUCGUUGCAAUUGGGUAGGGUUUUGAUUUCAGAAAAUGCCUCUCUUCCUCUCGGAGGAAGAGUUCUCGCGCUGCGCGAACGACGCUUUUGCGGUGGCGGAGAAGGCCGACGCGUUCAUCAGCCAGCUGUAUAAGGAGCUCGAGACCGUGAGGGCUCAGGCUGAUGCCUCCGCCAUCACCGCCGAGCAGACCUGCUCGCUCCUCGAGCAGAAGUACCUCUCCCUCUCCGCCGAAUUCUCGAAGCUCGAGUCGGACAACGCACAGCUUCACUCCUCCCUCGAUCAUCACCUCUCCGACCUGGCCCAAGUCCAGGCCCAAAAGCAUCAACUUCAUUUGCAAUCUAUUGGCAAGGAUGGCGAGAUAGAGAGAUUGACAACGGAGGUGUCAGAGUUGCAUAAGUCGAAAAGGCAGCUGAUAGAGUUGGUGGAGCAGAAGGAUUUGGAGAUAAGCGAGAAGAAUGCCACGUUUAAGAGCUAUCUUGAUAAGAUUGUCAACUUAUCCGACACUGCCGCGCAAAGGGAGUCCCGUGUGAGUGAAAUUGAGGCUGAGUUGUCGCGUGCUCAGGCUACAUGUUCUCGUCUUUCACAGGAGAAAGAACUUAUUGAGAGGCAUAAUGUCUGGCUGAAUGAUGAGUUGACUGACAAAGUUGAUAAUCUCACUGAGCAACGUAGAAAAUAUAAUGAUCUUGAGGCUGAUAUGUCCGCUAAGCUUGCAGAUAUCGAGAGGCAAUCCAAUGACUGCUCUAGUUCAUUACAAUGGAACAAGGAAAGAGUGAGGGAGCUAGAAACAAAACUAACAUCGUUGCAAGAGGAACUGUGUUCAUCUAAACUUACUGCUGCUGCCAAUGAAGACCGAUUAUCUGCUGAACUCUCAACAGUAAAUAAGCUUGUUGAACUAUAUAAAGAAAGUUCUGAGGAAUGGUCCAAGAAGGCGGGAGAGCUUGAGGGUGUCAUUAAAGCUCUAGAGGUGAAUUGCUCUGCCAAUCAGACACAUUUGAGUCAAGUUGAAAAUGAUUACAAAGACAGACUUGAAAAGGAAGUAUCUGCAAGAUGCCAAUUUGAAAAGGAGGCUGCAGAUCUGAAAGCAAAGCUUGAAAAAUGUGAAGCUGAGAUUGAGAAUAGUAGAAAAUCAAAUGAACUAAAUCUUCUUCCACUCAGCAAUUUCAGUACUGAAAUAUUGAUGAAUUCUUUCGAAACAAAUGAUGUGGUUGAGGAUGCUCACAUGAUUGUCCCCAAGAUUCCAGCAGGUGUUUCCGGAACAGCCUUGGCAGCUUCACUCCUGCGUGAUGGUUGGAGUCUGGCUAAAAUGUAUUCACAAUAUCAAGAGGCUGUUGAUGCCCUAAGACAUGAGCAGUUGGGAAGGAAGCAGUCUGAGGCCAUUUUGCAACGGGUCUUAUAUGAAUUAGAGGAGAAAGCUGAAGUCAUUUUGGACGAAAGAGCGGAACAUGAGAGACUCGCAGAGGCAUACUCUGUGAUCGACCAAAAAAUGCAGAACUUGCUUUCUGAACAGGCUAGCUUGGAGAAAACCAUCCAGGAAUUAAAGGCUGAAUUGAGGAGACAUGAACGUGACUAUGUUCUUGCUCAAAAAGAGAUAGUUGACCUUCAGAAGCAGGUGACAGUUCUCCUUAAGGAAUGCCGAGAUAUUCAACUUCGUUGUGGAUCUUUUGGGCUUGAUGGUCUUGAUGAUGGUACUAUUGUUGUUGCGACAAAUGCAGAAUCUGAUACUGAAAAAGUAAUUUCAGAACGCCUCUUGACCUUUAAGGACAUAAAUGGAUUGGUGGAGCAGAAUGUCCAACUCAGGAGCCUUGUGCGCAGUCUUUCUGAUAAGGUUGAAAGUAGAGAGAUGGAGUUCAAGGAAAAGUUUGAAAUGGAGCUCAAAAGGCAUACUGAUGAAUUUGCCUCCAGAGUAGCUGCUGUGUUACAAAGAGCUGAGGAGCAAGGGCGCAUGAUUGAAUCUCUUCAUGCCUCUGUUACAAUGUACAAAAGGUUAUAUGAAGAGGAACAUAUACAUCAAUCAUCUCUGCCCCAUUCUGCUGAAGCUGCUCCAGAUGGUGGGAGGACUAAUCUGAAGCUUCUCCUUGAAAGAUCCCAGGAAGCUUCUAAGAAGGCCCAGGAGCAGGCUGGGGAGCGAGUGAGAUGUCUUGAAGACGAGCUGGUGAAGUCUCGGAGCGAGAUUAUAUCAUUGCGAACAGAGCGUGACAAGUUGGCUCUGGAAGCAAAUUUUGCUAGAGACAGACUUGAUAGCUUUAUGAAGGAAUAUGACCGUCAGAGAAUUGAAACCAAUGGCAUUUUAGCUAGAAAUGUGGAGUUUUCACAAUUAAUAAUUGACUACCAACGAAAGCUGCGCGAAAGUUCUGAAUCUCUGCAUGUUGCUGAGGAUCUUUCUCGGAAGCUGACUAUGGAGGUAUCUGUUCUAAAGAAUGAAAAGGAAAUGUUAGUUAGUGCUGAGAAGAGAGCUUGCAAUGAAGUUCGUAGUUUGUCAGAGAGGGUCUAUCGUCUACAGGCUAGUUUGGACACCAUUCAGAGUGCUGAGGAAGUUCGUGAGGAGGCAAGAGCUACUGAGAGGAGAAAACAAGAGGAGCAUAUAAAGCAAGUUGAGAGGGAAUGGGCGGAGGCUAAGAAAGAGGUGCAACAAGAGCGGGACAGUGUUCGGAACCUCACGUUAGACCGUGAGCAGACUAUAAAAAAUGCAAUGAGACAAGUUGAAGAAAUGGGAAAAGAGUUGGCUCAUGCUUUGCGAGCUGUUGCAGCUGCUGAAUCCAGAGCCGCGGUAGCUGAGGUGAAAUUGUCUGAUCUAGAGAGAAAAAACAAAUCUGCAGAUGCUAAGGAUGUUGACAUAGGUGGUGGAGGUGAACCUUCGUCUCUGUCAAGCAUUGGGAUUAUUGCUGAACUACACAUGGCGAAGGAAGAGAUUGAAAAAUUGAAAGUGGAAGCACAGGCUAACAAGGAUCACAUGCAACAGUUUAAGAGCAUUGCACAGGUGAAUGAAGAUGCAUUAAAACAGAUGGAAUGUGCCCAUGACACCUUCAAGAUUGAGGCAGACAAACUGAAGAAAUCACUAGAAGCUGAAGUUCUUUCCCUUAGAGAGAAGAUUUCUGAACUUGAAUAUGAAUCUAGUUUGAAGUCGGAAGAAGUGGCUUCUGCAACUGCGGGGAAAGAGGAGACCCUUGCUUCUGCUUUAGCAGAAAUCACAAAUCUAAAAGAACAAUCGUCAGUAAAAACUUCCCAAAUUUUAGCAAUGGAAGUUCAGAUAACUGCAUUGAAAGAAGACUUGGAGAAGGAGCAUCAGCGAUGGCGUGCCACUCAGGCCAAUUAUGAAAGACAGGUCAUCCUUCAGUCAGAGACUAUUCAGGAGUUGACAAAAACAUCAAAAACCUUGGCUUCUCUCCAAGAGGAAGCUUCUGAAUUGCGUAAAUCGGCAGAUGCACACAAAAGUGAAAAUAAGGAAUUGAAAUCUAAGUGGGAAGUAGAGAAGACAAUUCUUGAGGAAUCAAAGAGUGAAGCUGAGAAGAAGUACAAUGAAAUCAAUGAGCAGAACAAAAUACUGCACAGUCGACUUGAGGCUUUGCACAUUCAGUUGGCUGAGAAGGAUCGUUCUUCUGUCGGAGUUUCUUCUGGAACUGCCACCACUAAUACCCUUGGAGAUGCUGGUUUACAGAAUGUUAUUAAUUAUCUCCGACGCUCGAAAGAGAUUGCAGAAACAGAGAUUUCUUUGUUAAAACAGGAAAAACUACGACUGCAAUCACAACUUGAGAGUGCUCUCAAGGCAGCAGAGACUGCCCAAGCAUCACUGCAAGCAGAGCGUGCAAAUUCAAGAGUAGUGUUGUUCACUGAGGAAGAAAUCAAAUCUUUACAACUGCAGGUUAGAGAAAUGAACUUACUUCGGGAAAGCAACAUGCAACUCAGAGAAGAGAACAAGCACAAUUUUGAGGAAUGCCAGAAACUUCGUGAAGUUGUUCAAAUGGGUAGGGCCAAGACAGAGAAUAUAGAGUCCCUACUUAGGGAGCGAGAAAUUGAGGUGGAAGCUUGUAAGAAAGAAAUUGAGAUGCACAAGCUUGAGAAAGAUAAUCUGGAAAAGAGGGUCUCUGAGUUACUUGUAAGGUGUAAAAAUAUAGAUGUAGAAGAUUAUGAUCGAAUGAAGAAUGACGUUCAACUCAUGCAGGAGAAACUGAAAGAUAAGGAUGCUCAGAUGGAAGAGAUGAGAAACAUUCUUUGUGAAAGGGAGGAUACAAUAUCAAAAUUGGAGAAAGAUCUUUCAAAAUGCAAAUUGGAACUGAGUGAAAAGGAGAAGAGGAUAAAUGUAAUUUUGCAAGUUGAGGCUAGUUCAAAGCUAGAUGUAGAGAAGCAAAGGAAGAUGUUGAUUCAGUUGAAGAGGCGAUCUGAUACUCUGUCAAAGGAAAAGGAGGAACUGAGCAAAGAGAAUCAAACUCUUUCUAAGCAGUUGGAGGAGCUUAAACAAGGGAAAAGGUCAAUUGGUGAUACUGCUGGUGAACAGGCCAUGGAGGAGAAAGAUACCAAGAUACAGACACUUGAGAAACAUUUGGAGAGGCAGAGAGAGGAGUUGAGAAAGGAGAAGGAAAGGCGUCUGAAGAAUGAGAAGGCAAUAAGGGAUUCUUAUAAUAACAUUGAGCAGGAUAAAACAAAGUUCGUAAAUGAACUUGAGAUGCAUAAGCAGGCACUGAAGCAGCUUUCAGAUGAACUACAAAAGCUUAAGCAUGCGAAAGACAAUUUGCCCCAGGGUACGUCAGUAGUUCAAAUUCUUUCUGGCACUGUUCUGGAUGAUCUAGGCGCAGCCUAUGUGUUGGCCGUUGAAAAUUUCGAAAAGGCAGCACAUAUAGUUUUCGGUGAACAUGGAGCUCGUGGUGUUCCCAUGGACACCUCUUCAGUUGCAGACACUUCAUUGACGGCUGCUACAGGUCCGAUAGUUUCUGUUCAAGCCCCAAGUCUUGUGCUCCCAGUGGGACCUGCAACAAGUGGCUUGCCUGCUAAAGCAACUGAAGAAAGUGUGAAGAGACUAACUUUGCCCAAAACCAAUGUUGAGACUCGAAAAAUGGGGAGGAGGUUAGUCCGACCUCGUAUUGUAAAACCUGAAGAGCCACAGGGUGAUGUGGAGAUGUCAGAGGUGGAAGGAGCUAUCAAUGCUGGCAAACGUGCACCUUCUAGUAGUGACACGGAAACUCAGGGAAAUCCAACUUUAUCAACGCAACCAUUGGCCCACAAACGUAUGGCAUCUUCCUCCACUUCCGAGUUGCAUGAGGAGACAGUAAUCCAAGGAGACACCAGCUCUGAUGUGCCAGUACCUGCACUGAAGAAGUUGAAAGGUUCAGAACGGGCACAAGAGAGUGAUGAAGGUCAAUUUGCUGCUCCUGUGGAAGGUCUUGGAACUUUACUGGCCACUGAAGAACCAUUUGAGGCUGGUGAAUUGCCACAAGGUUCAAAUGAGGAAGCAAUGGAUGCUGAGAAGGAAGAGGUUGAGACUACUGGAGAGAUAGCAGAGGUGGCUAAAGAACAACAAUUAGAAAGUAUGAGGCCAUGUGAAUUGCAGAGUGACAAGAACAGUGUUCUAGAUGAGAAUGUGGAUAGACAGGGUGGAUUAGAGAUGGUGUCUGAUGACGGGCCGAAGGAUCAAGCUGAGCCAGAUUACCAGCAGUCAGUUAUGGAAUCUGGAAGUGAGAGAGAAGAGGGAGAGCUCUUGCCUGAUUUUACAGACCCUGAGGUUGGUGAUAUUUCCAACAUAAUGGAGAGCCCAGAAAUAGGGGAAGGUCAACCUGAGCAUGUUGCAACCCCCGUGGCUUCACCAGCUAGGGCUGAUGAUGAAACUCUAGUUGCUGCAGCAGUCGAGGUUGGUGAGAUAAAUUCUCCCGAGGCUUUAAAUGAUGUUUUCCUAGAAGGUGAUGUUGCUGAAGAGACUGCUGAGGGUUCUGAUAAGUCAAAUGAUGGAAAGGACCAAAUUGUGGUGGAGACUGAUCAGGUCACUGAAGCUCUCUACGUUCCAGUCGAGAGUACUUCAGCAAGUGUGGGUACAGAAAUCGAUAUCUCAAAACAAGGUAGUCCCCUCUCAAAACAAGUUGGUUCAAUCGAGAGUACUUCAGCAAGUGCUGCUGCAGAAGUUGAUAUCUCGAAACAAGUUGAUAUCUCAAAACAGGGUAGUCCUGUCUCUAAACAAGGCAGCAGUUCAACUGUCACCACGGAAGUGGAAGUGGUAAGACAGGUGUCACCUGCAGGUAAUACUUCAACUACAAUAAAUCUUUCAGAGCGAGCUAGGCAGAAUGCUGCGAAAAGAUUAGGUGUGGUUUCUUCUCCAGUGGUUAGAGGCCGCGGAAGAGCUGUACAACGUGCUCGAGGUGCACGUGGUGUACGUGGCGGACGCGUUGGACGUGGACAAUCAUCUGGCGAACAAGGUUAAGCUUGGUGCCUUUGCGUUACUGUUUUCUACUUGUACCUUACUUUGUUCAUUGUACUUGAACCAAGGUGGGCUCGCACUCAUUUUUUAUUGUCUGGUAAGAUUUGCCUCUCUAUUCUGUUUAUAGAACUUCCUGUACGCAGAGUUUCUGCUUUGGGUGAUGGUAACAUAUGUAAAAUCAAUUUUGGUUCGUUGGAUGGUGGGUCCCCCCCCCCUCCCCCCCACUCCGCCCCUCCCGGGGGGUGGUAUGUUAUAUUUCGUCCUUUUGUUACGACUCAUAUUCAUGCAAUUCCAUGCACUGAGAAAGCAACUAUUGUUCUUUCCAA